AUGAAGCUCGGCUUUGUCCCUCUCUUAUUUGGUAGGCCUGUGAUUCAGACAAGUGCCGUUCAAGGAAGAUUUUCAUAUCGCACUCCGCUGAUGAGUGGUGGUGGGGGCUCCCUGCCAUCUGUAUCAUCGUCGAGUCUCGGCGUAGUGAUAUCUGGGUCAACAAAAGGAGUCGGUAGGGCACUGGCGGAAGAAUUUGUGAAGCAAAACGAUGGCGUUGUGAUUAGUUCGCGGACACCAGACUCGGUUGACUCAACUGUCGCCUCGUUGCGCCGGCAAUACCCAACGGCAAGAGUCUUCGGAUGCGUUGCCGACGUAUCUAAGCAUUUGGAUGUGGCACGGCUCGCUGACUUUGCCUCGGAAAAUCUGGGGACCAUAAACACAUUCAUUUGUAACGCAGGAACCACUGGACCCCGCGGUCCCAUCCGAGACGCUGAGGCAAACGACCUUGCCAACGUGGUCAGCACCAAUCUCCUUGGUCCGAUGCUUUGCGCGAAGGAGGCGUGGCGGGUCGCGAAGAAUCAGAGUCAGCCCUUGCACGUGUUCAUCAUGGAUGGAAGUGGAUCUCGCGGGAACACGACGCCGAACUACGCCGCGUAUGGGGCGACGAAACGCAGUAUUCCGCAGCUGGUCGCAUCUCUUGCGAUUGAAGGCAAGGGUGAUCCCGUGCGGUUUCACACGUUGUCACCGGGGAUGGUUUUGACGGAUCUGUUGCUCGCCGAAAAUCAAGAACCAAUUGCCCGAAAGGUGUUUAACUUCUUGGCUGAGGAACCAGAAACGGUGGCGGAGAACCUAGUUCCCAGGAUUCGUUCGGUCGUGCGCAGCGACAAGUCCAAGACGUAUAUCCAGUUUCUGACCAUCCCAAAGGCAUUCUUUCAACUGGCUACCGGUUUCGUGCUUGGUCUCCGUGGAAACAAGUUUUUUGAUAACAGGACUGGUCAACGGAUCGCGCAGACUGGGCACUUCAAACGUAAUGGCGUUCGCAUUAAAGAGGAUUAA